UUUUAACAGAGGUUACCUAUAGCCCUACUCGUUACAAAAAUAAUAGUUUAAAUAUCGCUAAAGGAACUACUUAUACCUACACCUUCUUACGAAAUUGAUGUGUCUGUUCAGUUUUUUUUUACAAUCACGGGUUAGAAUAUGACGCUGAUAUUAUUUUUGGUUUUUAUUAUAACAUUCUUUCUUCCCGACUUGAGGCCUGUUUACAGCGAAGAAGGAGAAGAAUGGCAACUGCAGGAUGUUAACACUGAAAUCCCUGUGUCCACCAUGGGUUUGAAAUCGAGAUCAGAAUCUUUCCCAUACCAAUACCAUGACUUCGAUUUCUGCCAAUCCGCGGAGACUGCAUCUUCCAUUGGGUCUUAUCAGGAUGGGCUAUUCGGACCUCGUAGUCCGUAUUUGAUUAACUUUCUAGAAAAUAAAGACUGUACACUUUUAUGUAAAAAGUCAUAUAGCCGUACUAUAAAACAGAAGCUCGAAGACUUGAAAAAUGCGAUAGCUUCGGAUUACGAACAUCGUUGGUUCGUUGAUGAAAGACCCGUAAAGUGGUGCUUUAUGGUCAUUGGCCAUGGCUUACAUUGCCGCAACAGUUUUCCUGUGGGGUGCUAUGUAACUCCGACUAAGAACACAUGUCGACAAAUACUGAAGAGUCCCAAAAAAUACGCCUAUUAUUUAUUCAAUCACGUCGACUUGCAAUUCAUAUACCGCAGCGAAGAUACUGAAAAAGGAGACGCAGGAGCCAAUCAAGGACAGAUUGUACUUGUCAAGGCUACACCAGCUAGCAUAGACCACCGCCUCCAUCCUCAUCGUUCUUCACUCAGUUGUGACGGGUACACCACUCCGCUUGUACUACCUUCAAUUACAUAUAACGGCAACUUUACCAUUUCGUAUACUUACAGCGUAAGUUUUUAUAAAAAUAACACCAUGAAACGCCCAUCACGAUGGGAUUGAUUUAAUGUCUAAGUUAUCAUUAUAAUUAAAUUGUAACGUCAAUAAAACAAAUACAUUCUUAA